AUGGUGAUCGUUGCUGGGCCUGGAUACGCCGCAGUGGGCGGUGGUGCAGCAGGCGGCGGUGCGGCCGGUGGCGCAGUUGGCGGCGGCGGCGGCGGCUUUGGCGAUUACCUCUUCGGACUUUUCUACCAGCGGUACCAGGAGGGCAACACGGAGGCCAUUACCUAUACCGGACCUGGUCAAGGUCACAUUGAGAGCCGCCUGGUAGAGGUAAACCCAGGCACUGGCAGCUAUUCAAAGGUUGAGCAGCCAACCUAUGCCUACAGGCCACGCUGGGGACUGAUUGGCAUGUGUGGAUUCAUCAUUCUCUUGCUGGUCUUGCUGCCCUUCCUUUGGAUUUGCGAGGUGCGCACAUUCUUCUUCUUCUGGUCUACCGAGCAGUGCGGAGACGUCCAAGAUGAUCCUUGUAUUGAUCACUGUGCGGCUCUCAUGACCGCUCAAGCGAACCAGGACUUUUGCUGCACUUCUUGCCCUCUCCAGCGCGGCAUGACUGGUCUUCAAUGUGUGAGCGAGCCUGCACAAGCACCAAAAGUGCUGGUGAGGCGACACUACAACACUGUCUACAGGCAGAUCCCAGAGAACCACUAUGUCCACGUCCAAAUGCCGGAACAGCCACCCAUUGUUCACAAUGUGCAAGUCAUGAGUCCAGCAAAGCAGUAUGACUGUGGAGCCCAAGGCACUCAGCCUGACCCAACUUGGUCGGAGCAACACACACGCUGGUGCUGCUACAAGUACAAGAUGUAUUGCCCACAUCUUGUGGUUGACAAAGACUAUUACCACACGGUGACCAAGGUCCAGCAAGUGAAGGUACCAGUGCCCGAGCCCAUGCCGACCCAUGCUCCAAUUGUCCACACUAUCCACCACACCUACCAUGUGCCAAGCCCUCCUCAGUAUGUUCAUGUGCAGAUGCCGGGCCCAACGGUUGUGAAGCCGGUGGUGGUGAACGAGAAGGUCCCCUACCCAGUGAGGGAGCCCCCACAAAUCAUCAAUGUCAAGAAGCCAUAUCCGGUGCACAUCAAGGGCCCGGAUCACUAUGUGAAAGUGCCAGUGCCUUCGCCACCUCAUGUGGUGACACGCUACCACACUCAAUGGAAUACUGUGGUUGAUUCGGACUAUGACUGCAACAGCGGCUUCGAUCAUUGGAAGAGCCUUUGGUCUCAUGCCAAGCAGAGCUGGUGCUGCUCUCACCAAAAUGUCGGGUGCCCUGGACACUGGGUCAAGACCGUCCAUGUGAUCCACAGUUAUGACUGCCAUGCAGGCUUCUCCAAUUGGUACCACGGGUGGUCAAGUCCAAAGAAAGACUGGUGCUGCUCCCACAAGCAGAUGGGCUGCCCUGGCACGUGGCAUGGACACUGGCACGCUCAUGCCGUCGUUCAUGUGCAGCAUGUGCAUGGAGUGGGCAAAGGCGGCUACGAUUGCAACGCAGGCGCCUCCAACUGGAUUCAGGGAUGGUCGACAAAGAAGAAGGACUGGUGCUGCAGCAAUGGUCACAGCCAGUACUGCGUCAAGUUCCAUUGCCAUGGAGAGCAUGGAGAUGUGAAUGCUUGGUCCUCUGAUCAGCGAGACUUCUGCUGCAAGAACUUCCAGUUGGGCUGCCCUCACACCACCCUGUCCCCACUUGGCUGUGAUGCGCAGUGCACUUUGAACGGAGAGACUUCUACUUGCAAGCAGCGCAUUGAUUGGACGCAGGAGAAUGUCUUUGGCUCAAAGAGCAACGCUUGCAAUUUGGCCUACAGCAAGAUUCAGGUGGAGUGCGAUGUGUGCCGUGCGUGCACUAUCCAGGCCGCAGGGUGUGGCGAGCAAGGACCUGGCAAAGCGGCCUUCGAUUGCUAUGCUGCCUUGGGCAAUUGGUGCCGUGCCUGGUCUCCUUCCAAGAAGGUUUGGUGCUGCAAGGAGAAGGGCGAAGGCUGCCAGUCUCCAGAUACACCACCCAACUGCGACGCUGGUGCUGGCAAGGUCUGGAAGAAGGUCAUGAUCAGUGGCCAGUGGACUUGGGAGGCCCACAUGGCACAUGGCGCUGUUUCUGUGCAGAAGCCAUAUGAUUGCCAUGCAGGCCUGCCUGGAUGGGAGCACGGCUGGUCUGGCCCCAAGAAGUCUUGGUGCUGCGGCCACGAACAGCUUGGCUGCCCUGGCUAUGUGUACCAUGGUGCCGGUGCUGGUGGACACACUCAUGUUGUUGUCACCCACCACUAUGUCUCCGGUGCAGCCGGUGGCGCAGCUGGCGGCGCGGCUGGUGGUGCUGCUGGUGCGGCAGGCGGCCACAGCUGGUCCAGUGGUGGCAGCUGGUCCAGUGGUGGCCAUGUGCACCAUGUCCACCAUGUCGUGCACUAG